AUGCGGCCAACCCCUCUGCCACCAAUCUACAAGGGCAAGCUUAUGUUCUUUGACGAAGUUCUCUGGGACAAAGCGGAUGAACUCCUAGCAUCCUGGAAAAGCAAACUCUUCAACCAAGCCGCCAUAAAAGAGAUGACAGCUCUCAUACAGCGUCACCGCACAGGCAUCGCAGACCGGCUCUUUCCGCCGCAAAAGGGCUCUUUCAACAUGGUCAUCCGCCUCCGCUUCCUCAACGGGGCAUCUACCAUCAUCCGUCUCCCAAUACCAGGGUACUCGGUCUUCCCCGAAGAAAAAGUCCAGCGCGAAGUUUCAUUCAUGCGCUUUCUUGAACGACACACUGACAUUCGCGUCCCGCAUAUCUUGCAUUAUGGCAUGACCGACCAGAGUCCUGGCCAACUCGGCCCGUUUAUUAUCAUGGAGUACAUUGAGAAUAAUGCUGAUUUGGUGGAUGCGCUGAAUAAAUCUGGACUCCUUAUUGAAGAUCGCCCAAUUCUCGAUCCGGAUAUUGCACCUUCCAGGCUUCGAUCUGUAUACAGUGAUAUGGCAGGAUUGAUGUUACAAGUUGCAAAGUGUUCAUUUAAUGCCAUCGGAUGCAUUUCCAAUAACGAGAACGACGAACUCGAUCAUGAAUGGGUUGUCAAACACCGGCCGCUCAGCAUCAAUAUGAACGAACUCGUUCAGGUGGGCGGUGUUUCACGGGAAGACUUACCUCAACGGACAUUUACAAACGGAUCGGAAUAUUUUCUUGCUCUGGCUGACCUGCACAUGGCACAUCUAUCAUCACAGAAACACGACGCCGUCGACUCGGCAGAGGAUUGUCGAACGAAAUACAUUGCACGCUGCCUAUUUCGGAAACUUGCACGAGAGAAACGACUGUGUCGCUUUGACAAUGGUCCAUUCAAGUUAUACUGUGAUGAUCUCCGACCUGCAAAUGUGCUCGCCGACUCCAGAAUGGAGUAUAAAAUUUGUGGUGCGAUUGAUUGGGAGUUUUCAUAUGCUGCGCCUGCGGACUUUGUCUAUGCCCCGCCAUGUUGGUUACUCCUUGAACGGCCAGAGUACUGGGAUCUAGGAUUGAACGAUUGGACGCGAGUCUAUGGGCAGCGGCUGGAGGUCUGGCUAGAAGAGCUGGUCAUGCGGGAGGAUGCUGACAUUGCACGUGGCUCGAUCGGAGAGGAGAAUCGACUGUCUGGGUUGAUGCGGGAGAGUUGGGAGAAUGGGGAUUUCUGGGUUAGUUAUGCGGCUAGGCGGAGUUGGGCGUUUGAUUUGGUCUAUUGGGCUCGGAUUGAUCGGAGGUUCUUUGGAGAGGGGAGUAUGGAAGAUCGCAUUGCUUUGUUGACAGAAGAGGAAAGAAAUGGCAUGGAGCAAUUUGUACAGACAAAGAUGAAUGAGAUGGCUGAUGGUUGA